UUGACUAACAAAAAGUAGAAGACCUCGACUACUCUAUCUUCAUAUAAAUUCAUUAGUCUCUGGAAAUCAUAACAUGCUACAAACUGAAACUUUAUCAGAUAUUCAAGCUAAAUAGACAUGGGGUCAUCCUUAACCAAUUCCAUUUUUCCAGGGGUGUUCUGCAGUACCAUCCUUCUUUCCUUUGCUACAACCCUGUUAGCAGCAGUAUCUUCACUGGAAUCAGAAGCUGUGGCUUUGCUAGAGAGUGGCUGGUGGAGUAGCUAUAGCAACAAUAUUUCUCAACGUUGCAAGUGGCACGGUAUUUCAUGCAACAAUGCAGGAACCAUCACCAAAAUUAACCCGUCCGCCUUGAUUCCGGUUGGUGAUAGAUUUGGAAAAUUGAAUUUCUCUUCGUUUCCAAGUCUUGUCCUUCUUGAUCUUAGCGAUCGUAAACUUGGUGGAAAUAUCCCGCCUCAAAUAGGUGAUCUAUCCGCAUUGAAGUACCUGGACUUGUCCUCUUGUAAGUUAUCUGGUGAGUUACCUCCUUCCCUAGGAAAGCUAACCCAACUAGAGUUUCUUGACAUUUCCUAUAAUUAUAACAUUAAUGGUUCCAUCCCUUCACAACUAGGGAAUUUGGAAAACCUUGUUAGUUUAAAUUUGAGUGUCAACAGUCUCAGUGGCUCCAUCCCAUUAGAAAUUGGAAAUCUAAAGAAUUUAGUUGUUUUACAUCUCUACGACAACAAGAUUGUUGGUCCAAUGCCUUCCACUUUAUAUCAAUUAACCAAUUUGUCAGAUCUGUACCUUGAUAAUAACCAAAUUGAAGGUUCCAUCCCUCAAAAUAUUGAAAAUUUGAAGAACCUUAGGUUUUUAAGCAUCACUAAUAAUAGCUUUACUGGUCUUCUUCCUCUAUCUUUAUGUCGUUUGACAAAAUUGGAAGAACUUUUCCUUGACGAAAAUGAAAUCAGUGGUUCCAUUCCUUCAGAAAUAGGAAAGCUUAACAACCUCAAAUCUUUAUUUUUCAGAGCUAACAAUCUCAGUGGCCCAAUCCCUUAUUCUAUUGGUAAUUUAUCAAAAUUGAAAUAUCUGUUCUUUGAUUCAAAUCUUCUAGAAGGUCCUAUAUCAAAAGAAAUUGGGAAUUUAGAAGCACUCAAGCUCUUGAACCUCUCCCAAAACAAAUUGAGUGGGUCCAUACCGGUUCAACUUGGCAACUGCAAAAAUUUGUCUAGACUGGAUGUCAGUUACAAUAACCUCUCGGGUAUUGUUCCUUUGUAUAUUGCUAAGUUGACAAACAAUUCCUUGAUUACUUAUAAAGGUCAUAGCGACUGUUACUUUAUAAAUGACAAGGCGUUUGAUGGAAAUAAGGAUUUAUCACGCUACACCUGUCCCCCAGAGCCCAAGAGCGGUCGAACUCCUUACUACAUAAGAAUAGCCCUCCCUAUUGUCAUAGCCUCUGUUUUUCUUAUUCUGGGAUGUCUGUUAUUGUCUCCGUUUAAGGCCAAGAAAAACCAAGUUAGCCCACUAACAACAAAAAAUGGUGAUUUGUGCUGCUCAAUAUGGAACUACGAUGGGAAGAUAGCAUAUGAAGACAUUAUUGCAGCAACAGAAGAUUUUGAUAUUCGAUACUGCAUUGGAACGGGGGGUUAUGGAAGUGUUUACAAAGCACAACUACCUUGUGGUAAAAUAGUUGCUUUAAAAAAACUUCAUCACCUUGAAGCUGAGGAUCCGGGUUUCGACAAGAGUUUCAGGAAUGAGGUGAAAAUUUUGUCUGAAAUUCGACAUCGAAAUAUUGUGAAGCUUCAUGGGUAUUGCCUACACCGGCGGUGCAUGUUUCUGAUAUAUGAAUACAUUGAAAGAGGAAGCUUGUUCUGGGUCUUAAGUAAUGAUGAAGAAGCUGUAGAGUUGAAUUGGAUAAAAAGAGUUGAGAUCAUCAAAUCCGUUGCUCAUGCCUUGUCUUACUUGCAUCAUGAUUGCACCCCUCCAAUUGUUCAUAGAGACAUUUCAAGUAGCAAUAUUCUGCUAAACUCAAGCUUGGAGGCUUUUGUGGCUGAUUUUGGAACCGCUAGAAUGCUACAUCUCGAUUCAUCUAAUCUGACUGUUCUUGCUGGUACAUAUGGCUAUAUAGCCCCAGAAGUUGCCUACACAAUGGUUGUGACUGAAAAAUGUGAUGUGUAUAGCUUUGGAAUUUUGGCAUUGGAAAUAUUAAUGGGAAAGCAUCCUGGAGAUCUCUUGUCAUCACCAUCUUCUUUGCAAAAUACCAAGCUAAUUGAUGUGUUAGACAAACGUCUACCACCCCCAACAAGCCAACUGGUUGCACAGAAUAUUGUUCAGGCCGCUACAUUGGCAUUGGCUUGCUUAAAUCCGCAACCAAAGUCCCGACCAAUGAUGGAAGAAGUGUCCAAAGAGUUUGUUUCUUCCCAAAAAUCCUUGGGAAUUCCUCUCCGAAUGAUUACUUUGUCACAGCUUGUGAACCAUGAAAUGCAUAUUGGAGGCAAGAAAGAAACUUGUCAUGUUUAAUUAAAGCAGCUUAUUAACUAAUUUCAUUUGUAAUUCAUUGUGACACAACACAAGAAUGUGCCUCAAAGAGAAAUAAUUAGAAACCAGGAACUGGCUUGCUCUUUCUGUUUCCCUUGCUCGAAUUUAUUUUGUUCAAAAUUACUGGUUGUUAUAUUCUAUGACAUAAAUGAACUUAAUGCAGGUCUCAGGUCUUAAAGAUAGAUGUUCUAUAAUUACGGUUGUUAUUU